CGCUUGCACAGCGACCGAAGACACACACACACAGAGACACAGACACACACAGUGCUUGAACAAGUCGCACGUUUCAGACAAUCAGCGCCAUGGCCAAGUAUCAAGUUGUGUUUGUCCGUCACGGCCAGUCCCAGUGGAAUCUGGAGAACAAGUUUACCGGUUGGGUGGAUGUGCCCCUAUCCGAACAGGGUGUGAUCGAGGCCAAGGAAGCCGGCGCGGUCCUCAAGGAGCAGGGCUUCAAGUUUGACGAGGCCUUUACCUCCGUGCUCAAGCGCGCCAUCAAAACGUGCAACAUUAUUCUCGAGGAGAGCGAUCAGGAGUUUAUUCCCGUGGUCAAGGACUACCGUCUGAACGAGCGCAUGUAUGGCGCUCUUGCCGGCUUGGACAAGAAGGAAACGGUUGAGAAGCACGGCGCCGAGCAGGUGCACAUUUGGCGCCGCUCGUACGAUAUCCCUCCGCCCGCCUGCGAGAAGGAUCAUCCCUAUCACCCCAGCAAGUCGCCCUGGGCCGCCUCCAUCCCCGAGGACAAGCUGCCGGCCACCGAGAGUCUCAAGCUGACCCUGGAGCGUGUUCUCCCCUACUGGGACGAGGUCAUUGUACCCGAAAUCAAGGCUGGCAAGAAGGUUCUGAUCGCAGCCCAUGGCAACAGCAUCCGGGCCAUCCUCAAGUAUUUGGACGAUAUUUCCGAGGAGGUCAUCCCGGCCCUUGAUGUGCCCACGGGCGUUCCCCUCUUCUACGAGUUUGACGAGAACAUGAAGCCUAUCAAGCAGGAGGGUGCUGCUGAGCAUCUGAGCGGCCGCUAUCUCAUUGAUGAGGAAACGCUCAAGGCCAAGAUUGAGGAGGUCAAGAACCAAACCAAGGCCAAGUAG